AUGGAAACGAGAGUACCCCAAUCUGGGACUAUGAACAAAGCUAUUCUUUCUCGAUAUUUAGCAUUACCGCAACCAGACAAUAAGGUCUUAGCUACCUACAUUUGGAUUGAUGGUACUGGAGAAAAUCUUCGAGCUAAAACUCGAACACUUGAUCAAGAACCAAAGUUACCAGAAGAAAUACUGUGGUGGAAUUUUGAUGGUUCAUCAACCGGACAAGCUGAAGGUUCAAAUUCAGAUGUCUACCUUAAACCGGUAGCUAUAUUUAAAGACCCAUUUAUGCUCGGUCGAAACAAAUUAGUUAUGUGUGAAACAUACAAAUGCAAUAACGAACCAACCGCUACAAACAAACGAUUCAAGUGUGUAGAAGCGAUGACAUUAGCAAGUGAUCAAAUUCCAUGGUUUGGUAUUGAACAAGAAUAUACACUUUUAGAUCGUGAUGGAUGGCCAUUUGGAUGGCCAAAAGGUGGAUUUCCACAUCCACAAGGUCCAUAUUAUUGUGGUGUGGGUGCAACUCAAGCACUUGGUCGUGAUGUUGUUGAAGCACAUUAUAAAGCAUGUUUAUAUUGUGGAAUUAACAUCAGUGGUACUAAUGCUGAAGUAAUGCCAGCUCAAUGGGAAUAUCAAGUUGGUCCAUGUGAAGUUCGUAUCGCCGAAGAAUUUGGCGUCCAAGUUAGUUUAAAUCCAAAACCUAUUCCUGGUGAUUGGAAUGGUGCUGGAUGUCAUACUAAUUUUUCAACAUUAGCUAUGCGUGAACCUAAUGGCAUAAAAGAUAUUGAUGAAGCUAUUGCAAGACUUAAAGCUCGUCAUAAGACACAUAUCGCUGUGUAUGGUAAAGGAAAUGAACGACGAUUAACUGGACGACAUGAAACAGCAAGUAUUAAUCAAUUUAAUGCUGGUAUUGCAAAUCGUGGUGCAUCAAUUCGAAUACCUCGUCAAGUUGGUGAAGAAAAAUGUGGUUAUUUAGAAGAUCGUCGUCCAGCAUCAAAUUGUGAUCCAUAUGCUGUUACAGACAUUAUUGUGCGUACUAUAUGUCUUGGUGAAAAAGAUAUACCAGAAGAACCAACAUUACCACCAAGAAAACCAACCACGGAAAAAGAAUGA